AUGGGCGACAGGAAAGCCAAAAUGGAGGCGCUUGCCGCAAAGCGUCGAGCUGCAGAGGAAGAAGAGGAGAAGCCAAGUACGAAGGCAGCAACGAAAUCGAAAGGAUCGGCCGCGACAGCAAAGCCAAAACCGAAAGUCACUGAUGAGCGCUCUGCCAAAGCUCGUGAGGAGGAGUUUGCAAAGAAGGAGCGUGAGCUGUCCAAGCACAAGAACCUUGACCAGUACGAUAACGAGGACGGAUUCCUGGUCGAUGAUGAGGAGGAAGAAGAGGACGAUGCCGGAAGCGAAUCUCCCUCUGAAGACGAGGAGGAAGAGGAACGACCAAAGAAGCGGAAGGCGAAGGACGUAAAGCCAUCAAAAAGCUCCGGCAAAGCUUCUAGCAAGCAACCACCGGCCAAAAAGAAGAAGAAGGCUGAAAGCGACGAUGAGGGUUCUGGUGGUGACGAACCUGAUGAAAUCUCUGAUGACGACCUCCUGGAAGGUUUGGACACAUCGGAUAUCCUGCCUGACCGUGGACGUCGUACCCGUGGCGUUAAGAUCGAUUACACGAAGUUCGGCCCUGAUGAUGAAGAUGAUGACGAAUGA